AUGCCUAGCCCACAGCCUGUUCAAACAGCCGCCGCUCCGGCACCCAUUUCACUCUUCUCGCAGGCUCAAGUCUACAAUGGCCUCGUGUACUGUUCAGGAAACAUCGGCAUCGACCCCAAGACAGGCAAACUCAUUGAAGGCACCGUAACGGAGCGUACCGAACAAACUAUCCGUAACAUAUCUGCGCUUUUGGAAGCGGCCAACUCAUCUCUCAAACGCAUCAUCAAGGUCAACGUCUUUUUGACGACCAUGGACAACUUCGGACCGAUGAAUGAAGGAUAUGCAAAGUUCUUUUCCGCUCCAUUUCCUGCUCGAACGUGCGUGAGCGUCGCUGGUCUGCCAAUGGGUGCAGAUGUAGAGAUAGAGUGCGUGGCAGCAUUGAACGAAUAG